CGAUGCGAAACUUAAAAAAUUCAGGCUCAGAAUUACUGAUCGGUGAAACUUUUUCAAGCAAGUCCAUGAACAAAGCGCUUUAGAUUAGACUCUAUAACACCAACGAAUGUUGGCAAAAAUAUUAAAAAUAUUUCGAAAGGGCGCUCUUCUUAAUCACAACGCCACUGGGAUAAUGCCUGAUGCGUUGACUGUUGAUGAGUUUAUUGGUGACACUCUGAAUGACGUCAGACAUCCUCUCAAAUCCGAUUUUAUUUCAAAAAUUUCAAGUGUAAGGUGUACAGUAUACAGCCUAGACGAGGGUUUAGAGACUGAUCGAAAUGUUCUUAUACGAUCAAAGAAAUUAGUAAAGUCAGUCGUCGCCUCUGGAAUAGCAUAUGCUGAACAAAUAACAUUAUUAUGUGACUUUUUAGAAAGACUUGGCCAAAUAGCUUUGGAGGGUAACGAACCCAAUGGGAAUGACAUUGCCACCAGUCUUUGCAAGUUCUCCGUUGUUCACCGGGACUUAGCCAACAUGACAAAGCAUUUAAUGCAGAAUUUAAACAGUAUCGUAGUAUUUCCAAUGGAGACAUUUAUGCAGGGUGAUAUUAAAAGCGACCUCAAGAAACCCUUCGAGAAGGCACUUAAGGAUUAUGAAUAUAAAUAUGAUAAAUUACGGAAGGAAAAAUUACAAACAAUGAAGGAAACUGGAUGUUAUGUUCCUGAAGCAUUUACAGAAGGAAUGACGAAAGAUUUAGAGAAAGAACGUCGAAGGCUUCAACUUGAAACUUGUGAAUAUCUGAUCAAGGUGAAUGAAUUAAAAGCAAAACGUGGCGCUGAUCUCCUGCAGCAUUUAAUUGAUUUCUUCUAUGUUCAAACUCAUUACUUACGUGAAUGUUUAGGUGUGAUGGAUCAUUUUGGAAAAUCAAUGACUGAUUUAUCUAAUCGAGUAAAUGAAUUGCACAAAAUUAAUGAUAUACAAAAACGUCGUCUUGUUGAUACUCGAGAAGAAGUCAAGGGAGUUUUAGAUAAAGAGUGUGAUUCGAUUCGUCGGAAAUCCCGUCUAUUCGGACAGUCAGUACAAACUGGUGUCACAUAUGCAGCACAACCAACUCCAUUGAAUCGAGCAUUUGGUACUAAAAAAAGUGGAUUUCUACUGAAAAAAUCAGAUGGAAAGGUUAAACGUGUUUGGCAACGUCGUCGUGUACACAUUGCUGAUGGGGAAUUAUGUUUGUAUCAUGCAGAUGAAAGUAAACCACCUGUACGCCUAACUUUACUCACUUGUCAAGUGAAAUUACCUACGGAAUCUAUGGAUAAUGAUUCAAUAUUAAAUCAUAGUACUGGGGGUGGUGGUGGUGGUGGUAAUCAACACUCGACAACUUCAGAAGGAAAACUUUACUUUGAUCUUGUCUCAAAUAGUCGAACAUAUAACUUCCAAGCAGAAGAUGAACAAGAAUACGAAGAAUGGAUAAGUAUUUUAAAUAAUGCAAUGCAAGAAGAAUUUAACAAAGCAAUGAAUGGUGAAAACUAUACAAAUUCACAAUGUGAUCUAUCUGAAACAACACUGAAUUUAUCAUCGAAUCGUCCCAUGAGCACUAAUAAAUGUAAUAUUACUAAUGGUGAUAGCUUGGCUGCCGAUAUGGAUUUAGUCUAUUCAACUUUAACUGGUCAAGGUAAUAGUCCCAUGAAUAAUAAUCCCUCGAAACAUAUGAAAUCUGAUAGUUUUGGGGAUAGUCUACCAGGAAGUGAAAAUGAUUUAUUAGAUUCUAGCGGUUCACAAAUUAGUCGUUCACGUGAAAGUCACUUAGAUAGUGCAGAUGCUUUUUCAACAGAUGGUAUUAAUGCUACUGAAUCUAAAGGGCGUCCAUCAAAAUCAUUAAUUCAAUCUUCUUUACGAUUCUGUGCACCUGGUAAUGAAGUAUGCGCUGAUUGUGGUCGACCUGAUCCCGAAUGGGUUAGUGUAAAUCUAGGCAUAUUAAUUUGUUUGGAAUGUUGUGGUGCACAUCGAGAAUUAGGUGUACAUCAUUCACGUACUCAAUCAUUAUUAAUGGAUGAAUUAUCGACUAAUCAAUUAUUGUUACCUCGAUUCAUCGGGAAUCAACUGUUUAAUAGUGUAUAUGAGUCUAGUUUGCCUGCAGAAAGUAAACCGAACGCUUUAGAUCCUGUUACUGAUCCAACUGAUGGAAUGACACAAAGACGUAAUUUUAUUAAAUCAAAAUAUGUUGAUCGACGUUUUAUCACGAAAACAACAUCGGAUUCUUUAAUUGUAAUAUCGAAUUCACUAGAUUAUAAUACGAACAAUAAUAAAUCUUUCUCAGAUGAUAUUUCAACUACUCGUGAUCCUAUUGCAGAACGAUUUUUAAGACGUGAUCUGUUAAGAGCAGUAAAAACCGGUAAUUUAUCAUUACUUAUUCAGGUAUUUGCUGAACGACUAGAUCUUAUGACACCAUUUCAACCAGAAGAUAAUGAUGAUGAUUCUUAUUCACUUUUGCCUGGAACAACUGCAUUACAUAUAGCUGUUGAGAAAACUAGUAGAUUUUUAAUAAAAUCCAGAUUAAAUUAUUCUCAUGGAAACAACGUUAAUGUAUCCGAUUUAAGUGAACAACAACAACAACAACAAAUAACUGAAUCAUUUUUAAAUUUUGAUAAUAGUAGUAAUCGUGAAGCGACAACAUGGAGUGUAAUUGAUAAUCAUGAAUUUGAGAAAUCACCACAUAAUAAUUUACCAUUAGUGGAAUUCAUCUUACAAAAUUCUUCAUCAGGUAGUUUAAAACGUGCCAAUAAAUUGGGUGAUACAGCACUACAUCAUGCCGCUCGUUAUGGAUGUGUGGAUGCAUUAAAAUUAAUUGUUCAAGCUGGCGGGAUUCCAACACCAAUACUCCAAUUAACUAAUCAUAAUGGUCAAACAGCAUUAGAUAUUGUAGAAAAUGCAUUAAUACAAUACAAAUUAAAUAAUACUAAUACUACUACUACUACUACUACUACUACUAAUAAUAAUAAUAAUAAUAAUAAUAAUAAUAAUAAUAACAAUCAUAUAUUGUUAUUAGAUGCUUAUAAAAAUUGUCAACAUAUUCUUAAAUUAGCUGAUUUCAUUGCAUCUAAUAAUUCAUGUAAAAAUAAUUGUUUAAUUACUGAUUCUAUUGGUUCAUUAUUUUCUAAUACAAAUGGAUCUAUUGAUAAAUUAUCAAAUUAUCGUAAUAAUUUAAUAGAAUUAUUAAAUCAAUUAAAUUCAAUCAAUUGGUAUCCAUUAAAUAUUUCAUCCAUAACAACACCAUCAUCAUCAGCAUCAGUAACAACAUUAUUGACAACAUCAACAGUUCAAUUUAUAAAUAAUGAAAAAAAUCAUUAUUUCUAUAAAGAUAAUAUAGAUAAAAAGAUAAUAACAAUGACUACAAAUACAUUGGUUACAACUAGUUCACCAAAUAUUACAAAUGUACCUAUUUCAAAUAAAUUAGAAACAACUCAUAGUAAUAAUUAUCAAUUAGGAACAUUUUCAUUGUCUCCUAUAAUGAAAUGUGUUAAUCAAUUGAUUUCUACUCGUAAUCCAUGUGAAUCGUAUACACCGAAACCAAAUUCAACUGGGAAACAAAUAACCUUCGAUGAUAAUAUAUGUACCACAGGUAACAGUGUCACACCAACUUCAUUAAAUAAACCUACACGAUCUUACAGUCAGUAUUCACCUUCAAUUCAUUAUGGUAGUGCACUGGCUACAUUACCACGUAAAAAAGGUCCUGCACCUCGUCCACCAUCUGUAGGUGAUCAAAUGAAUGAUCGGAGUGUAAUGCCAAAUAACAGUACUGGUUGUUGGAGAACCUUCAAUCGGUUGGAUAAUAGUCGUACAUCAUGUUCCUCAACCGAUCAUGAGAAAUCAUUGCCUAGUGAUCAUAUUGACAUAAUCCUCGAUGUCUUGGAAGAGAAGCCAAUAAUUUCUGAAUCCCUCAAUACUUCUAGUCCUAUCACGGCUACUAAUAAAACUGGCACAAUGUCUUCAACAAUCAAAAACUCUUGUAUUCCUGUUACUACUUCUAGUAUCAACACAUCCCCUGCAAUUCCACCUAAGCCAAAUAAAUAUGAUUCUAGUCUUUAUUCAACAUCAUCAUUGAAAUGUAUUAAAAGCUCAAAUAAUUUAUCAGUAUUCAAUUGUAAAAUAGGUGAUCUAUUAGAAGCUUUAUAUGAUUGUGAAGCGGAAAAUUCAGAUGAAUUAACAUUUAAUCGUGGUGAAAUCAUACAAUUAAUCGAUAGACCAGAUAAUGAUUGGUGGGAAGGUUUCAUUCAUUCAGACCCCAGUCGACGUGGAAUGUUCCCAGUGACUUAUGUGAAGCGUUUAUCUGAUAGGUGAUUUAUUUCAGUGCAUUUUUAUACACGUUCAUUUCUAACUACUACUUCUUCUUCUUACCUUUAUCAGCAUUUUCACGGAAUCUGUUCAUAUUGCUGAGCUACCGUCCAC